AUGAAGGCGGCACGCAUCAAAGUAAAGCCCGUGGCCAUGGUGCUUGGCCUCUUCGCGGGAGCCAUCCUCUUUCUCGUCUGGAGUUCACACCCGUCGCAUUCAGUACCUGCGGAUACUCAGGUCUCGGGUGUUGCUCCACAUGCGCCGCCGGCCCCCGCAGCCCCCAGUGGCUACGACUUUAUCAACAAUCUUUUUGAAAAAGAUCCGGAGCUACGGCAGCGCGCGCACGAGCUUGAAAAGGCCAACACUGAAUUAGCAGAAGCCCUGGAGACGCUUGAGGGCCAUCGGCGCGAGAUGGCUGGUCUCAACGCAGAAAUCGAAACCAUGAACCGGCGUCGAGACCAAGCCCGAAAGCAGCUAUUUGAGCUGCAAGACCAUGAUAAGCAUCCAAAACUGCCUGGCGUGGUACCCCCAGCGCAGCACCAUGAACUUCACGCCAAAGCCGACAUUUAUGCAGACUUGCGCCGAGAAGCUCUCGCUCAAGCCCAAGGCUUGUCCAAGGACGAAGUUAAGCGCCGAGAGCAGGAGUCCUACCAAAACCACUUUUUCAAUGAAUAUAAGAGCUCUUUACUGCCGCUGGAUCGCCCAGUGCCCGACGUGCGACCGCCCGCCUGCAAGGCCAAGCAGUGGCCAACGGCCAAUUUACUCAAGGCCAGCAUCAUUAUUUGCUUUGUCAACGAGGCUUGGUCUACGCUCCUACGAACCGUUCACAGCGUGCUCAAUCGCUCACCGGCCGAUUUGGUGCAUGAAAUUAUCCUGCUGGACGAUUCAAGCGAUGCUGCGUGGCUGGGUGACAAACUCACCAACUACAUUCGUGACAAUCUUCCCGACAAAGUGAAAUACGUGCGGACCCAACAUCGUUCGGGCCUGAUUCGGGCCCGCCUCGUGGGUGCUGAACAUGCUACCGGCGACGUUCUACUCUUUUUGGACAGCCACUGCGAAGCUAAUCUCAAUUGGCUCGAACCCAUCAUGGCCCUCAUCACUGAAGAUCGUCGGACGGUGGUGACGCCUGUGAUCGACUCGAUUGAUCACCACACGAUGGAAUACAGCAAAGCCACCCAAGACGUGCCGGCCGUGGGCACUUUUGAUUGGACCAUGGACUUCAACUGGAAGGCGGGCGUGCGUCGCGCUGGAGCGGAUGCAACUGACCCCGUCGACUCUCCAACUAUGGCUGGAGGCCUUUUUGCCAUGGAGAAAAACUACUUUUAUGAACUCGGUAGCUACGACGAGAAGAUGGACGGCUGGGGUGGAGAAAACUUGGAAAUGUCUUUCCGCAUCUGGCAAUGUGGUGGCCGCCUGGUCACGGCACCUUGUUCACAUGUUGGCCAUAUUUUUCGAGACAGCCAUCCCUACACGGUGCCUGGCGGUUCCAUCCACGAUACCUUCCUGCGCAAUUCGAUGCGCGUAGCCGAGGUGUGGAUGGAUCACUACAAACAGUACUUUCUGGACACGCGUCCGGGUCAAAAUAUCAUUGAUGCAGGCGAUGUCAGCGAACGCAAGGAGCUGCGGCAGCGUCUCCAGUGCCACGACUUCAAGUGGUAUCUGAAUACGGUGCUGCCAGACCUUUUCAUACCCGAUGCUAACCAUAUUCAGCAUCAGGGCACGCUGCACACGCCCGAUAACAUCUGCGUUGAUAAGAUGGGGCAGCGCAAUGGCGGUGUGGCUGGCGUCUAUCCUUGUCAUGGCCAGGGCACGAAUCAGGCGUGGAUGUACAGCAUUACCAACGAGAUUCGCACGCAUGAUUCGCUUUGUCUCGAUGCCUGGGGGUCGACAUUGCCCAGCCCCGUCCACUUGGGGCGUUGCCACGGCAUGCGAGGCAACCAAGAGUGGCGCUAUGAUCCCUUGCGGCAUACCAUGGUCCACGUGCCUCUCAAUGCAUGCCUCGAAGCCUCGAGCGUGGACUCGCAAAAAAAGCUGCAGAUCAACAAAUGCCUUUCGGGCAAUCAAGCCCAGGUGUGGUUUUGGGAUGAGAAGUAG